AUGAGUAUGCUUACAAAAGCACUGCCAAUCCCUUUGAACAAGAUUCCUGCAAGCUUGGAUCAGUUGUGCUUGAGGGUGAUUAGAGGAAAUCAAAUGAAUCACAGCAUGCAAACAAUAUUCCAAAUCUGUUUCAAGAAUGACCUGCUUGUAACCCAAAUCCCAUGCCAACAUAAGGCCACGGUAGAUGGCCCAGAAUUCAGCCACAUUCUUGGUUGUACAAUCCAAAUUCUCAAAGAAAGCAGACACCCAUCCGCAUUCAUUUUAACAAAAAAGACUGUAAGGGGAAACCUUCUAACAAAAAUAUUCGUAUAUUCUCGCUCAUCCACGGGUUUUUCCCAAGCCAAAACCUACUCCUAA